AUGAACCUCGCACAGCCUUCGCGUCCGUCGCCCGCCGUCAUUCCGGCCUGCUCCUCGCCGCCGCCGGUCGCGUCGCCUUCGACAGCCAGCCUUAGAACAAGACUCCUCGCCGCCGCCGACCAAGCCAAGCGCAAGCUCCAGCAGCUCACCACCAUGUCGCCCUCGCUGUCGCACGAUGCCGCGCACCCCGCCAACCGCUCGCACGACGACCCCACCAUCAGGCACCCGGGCAACGUCUACAUCAACGUGCAGGGCGCCUUCAUAGUCGACGACGAGCCGCGCACUCCCGAGUCGCCCGAGAGCGACUACGAGCACGAGCACGGCUCCAAGGACAUCCGCCUGCCCAACCACACCGCAGUCGUCAGCCACAUCGCAGUCGACAUUGGCGGAUCGCUGGCCAAACUGGUCUAUUUCUCGCGCGAUCCCACGUCCAAGGAGCUCGGCGGCCGCCUGAACUUUUUGAAAUUCGAGACCGCACGCAUCGACGAGUGUAUCGACUUCCUGCGCAAGCUGAAGCUUAAAUACGAAAUCAUCAAUGGCUCGCGACCCUCGGAUCUCUGCGUCAUGGCCACUGGCGGAGGCGCCUUCAAAUAUUACGAUGAGAUCAAGGGUGCUCUGGAGGUGGAGGUGGUGAGAGAAGACGAGAUGGAGUGCCUUAUCAUAGGCCUCGAUUUCUUCAUCACCGAGAUUCCUCAUGAAGUCUUCACCUACAGCCAGGAGGAGCCGAUGCGCUUCAUCGCCGCCCGUCCCAACAUAUACCCCUACCUGCUGGUGAACAUCGGUUCCGGCGUUUCCAUGGUCAAGGUGUCCGGCCCCCGGCAAUACGAGCGUGUCGGAGGCACCUCGCUGGGAGGCGGAACGCUCUGGGGUCUUCUUUCCCUGCUCACCGGCGCAAGAACGUUCGAGGACAUGCUCAGCCUUGCGGAGCGUGGCGACAACACGGCGGUCGACAUGCUGGUCGGCGACAUCUACGGCUCCGGCUACGGCAAGAUCGGUCUCAAAAGCACCACCAUCGCUAGCAGCUUCGGCAAAGUCUACAAGAUGAAGCGCCAAGCCGAGCAGGAGGCGGAAGACACCGGCAACCUCAAGGAAGACUCCUCGCAAGAGCACGGGCGAUCAUUCAAGUCGGAAGACAUCAGCAAGAGCCUGCUGUAUGCCGUCAGCAAUAACAUCGGUCAAAUCGCCUACCUCCACGCCGAAAAGCAUAACCUGGAGCACAUCUACUUCGGCGGCUCCUUCAUCGGCGGCCACCCGCAAACUAUGCACACCCUCUCCUACGCCAUCAAGUUCUGGUCUAAGGGCGAGAAGCAGGCCUACUUCCUGCGCCACGAAGGCUACCUCGGCUCCGUCGGUGCCUUCCUUAAGCGGCAGCCUCGCAACUGGGGCCGGAGGAAUAGCGUCGACGGUAGACCGGCGACGGCGGCGUCAUCGUCAUCGGCGGAAGACCCGACGAAGCGUUGA